AUGGAGUUUUCGCCGGCGCUGGAAGUUUCGGCCGUAAACUACUUGUGCUACGGGUUGACGGUGGUGAUUAAUAAUCUGUGGCCGUGCGUGGCCGUCAUAGUGGCCGCGUUGAGCUUCUGGAGAAUCAGAUUCAGAGCCGCCGAUUCCUCCGCCACCGCCGCCGGCUCCAGCCUGUCGAUCAAGCCCGAUCCGCCCACUUGUGCUCCAGCUGAUUCCGAUCGAAACGCCAGUGAUGCGUCGGCUUCGACCUCGCCGCUCAAUUCGACGUCAGAGGACCGCCCCGUUUCAGCUCCGGCAGUGCUUUUAGCCAGCUCGGCCGCCGCGGCUCCGGCUACGUCGUUGGAAUGCGAUGCAGAAGAUGAUUGCGGAGUGGUGACGAAAGGGAAUAAGUUCAGGCUGUAUUACGAAGAUGGCAAAGAGAGUACCGUGGUGGGUGGAAGUGGUGGUAGCACUGCUUGGAACGACGACGUUUUGAGGGGUGGAGGUGGCGGCGUCAGUGUCAGCUGGUGGGAGAGAUCAGUGGGGAGGGGGAGGCGGAGAAGUGGGGAGAUGGGAUGGUGCAGGUGUCAGGAUUUGACGGUGAUUAACGGGAGCGUGGUGAGAUUAUGGGAUGAUGGACGUGGGUUCAUGGCAAUUGGUAGUUGA